AUGACUUCCAGUACUCUGGACUACUCAGGCGUGCUCCGCAUGAUUGCAUCGCUCAAAGUCUGGACGCUUCGUACGGAGCAAAUUCAGACGCAGCUAGAGCAAGAGCUCGCGGCGACCCAAGAGAACCUCAUGCAUGCCACAAACGAGCUACAAGAGGCUACUAAGCUUGCCGACAUCCUCUAUGAAGUGUGUCAAAAUUUGGGUCUCGUGACGGACCAUCUGAUCAAGCAAAAAGGCGUCGAAGAGGAUAAACAGGGCUCCCAGAGCUUCGAGGCGGUCCUGAACGCGGUGGUGCACCGGUUGGACAGCAGCAAGGUCAUCAAUCACAGGACGUCAAGGUGUUCAAGCGAGGCUUCAACCCCUUUCGAGCUGGCUAACCAAGAUCAAGCUCCCCAGAAACCUGCAGUGAGCGCGUCUGAAAUGUAA